AUGUCUGUCUCAACGAACAUGGCUACUAAAAACCUAGACCAGGUUUCCACUUUUGAAGAAGACGGUAAAUGUUUUGCCAGAAUUCCCAAAAAAAACAUCAAAACCAAUGGCCAAUUUGACACCGGCCGCUUGACGGCAACCGAUCCCUCUAACUUUGAAGAUAUCGUUGAAAAACUGGAAAAAUAUGGGAUGUGCAUGAUCAAGAAUCACUAUUCUGUACAAGAUUGUGAACAGAUCAAGAAGGAAAUACUCCCACACUACUACCGAGAGGAAUCUUGGAAUGGGUCCCCUUUCCCAAAGCAAACUACAGUGGCACCGCGGUGUGCCUUAAAAUCCAAGACCUGUCGUGACAAAAUUGUAUGCGACGAUUUGUAUUCAAAAUUGUGCCACCAGUUCUUGAGCGAAUCAAACUUAUUCUGGAUUGGUGAAGGAUUGCGCCGCGGUCAAUCUGGAUUUCACUUGGCCUCUGGAAUUGCCUACAGAGUUGGGCCUGGAGCGUGUGACCAGAUGUAUCAUCGCGAAGAUAUGGUACACCACAAUGUGCAUCCAGCGCGCGAUAGGUAUCACUAUGGGGACGAUUCGCAUUUGGGAAUGGCAGUCGCCUUGACCAAAAUGAACAAAGUAAACGGCGCUACCAGAGCUAUCGUCGGGUCGCAUCUGUGGGGUCCACUUGACGGUCCUGGUGAUUUUGACAAAAACAUGGAAAUCCACUUGGAAAUGGAAGAAGGUGACGUGAUAAUUAUGCUAGGGAGUGUCUACCACGCUGCUAGUGCUAAUAGCAGUGACAGUGAACGGAUUGCUGGCUUUUUUUUCAUGAACAAAAGCUACUUGAAGCAGGAGGAAAAUUAUCACAUCGAUCAGUCGCCCGAAUUUUUCAAAGACAUGUCACUCCAGGCCAUGGCUUUGUUGGGUCUACAUAUCAGUGAGCCAUUUUGUGGGCAUAUCAAUUACAAAAGCCCUGCAUUCCACAUUAAUCCUGCGCUGGAGAACAGCGGGGGAGUGCGCAAAGAAAAGUACUCGCAGGUUCUAUUCCCCAAAUUUGAAACUAGUGCUGACUGA